CUCUCUACUCAGCACUCCACUACAAUCCUGCAGUCUUACAGUGAUCACAGGCACCCAAAAAGGCCAAAACAAACCAGUGGAGUGUGCAUCUGUAUGAGACUCUUUGAAGAAAUGGCUGGAACAAUAUUCAUCAUUCUCUGCUUAUUUAUGCAUGUGGCAGUGGGUCAAGAUUGCUCCCAGCCCUGCAACUGCCCAUCCGAGACCCCUUUAUGCCCAGUAGGCACCAGUCUUGUGCUAGACGGCUGCAGCUGCUGUAAGGUGUGUGCCCGACAGGCAGGGGAGCCAUGCUCCUCUCUGGAGCCGUGCGAUCACCAUAAGGACCUGUAUUGUGAUUACAGCAUGCUCAGUGAUAUUGAGACAGGCAUCUGCAUGGCUCAAGAAGGUCAAACUUGUGACCUUGGUGGUGUGAUCUACCGCAGUGGAGAAACGUUUCAACCCAGCUGCAAGCAUCAGUGUGUGUGCAUGAAUGGGGAGAUUGGCUGUGUACCAACAUGUGCCAGCAACAUACGACUGCCUUCUCCAGACUGCCCCUACCCGCGACGUGUCCAGAUCCCUGGCAGGUGCUGCGAGGAAUGGGUGUGUGAUCAGAUCCCACAAGAAGACUCCUUCCAGUCAGCAAUGGCUGGUAGGUCAAUUGCAUAUAGAGAGGUGUCCUCUCAGGGAGUCCAGCCUGAGAGCGCAAGGGACAACUGCAUCGUUCAGACCACUGAAUGGAGCGAGUGUUCAGCCACCUGUGGAAUGGGCGUGUCCUCUCGGGUAACCAAUGACAACGAGCGAUGCCAGAUGGAACGGCAGAGCCGCAUCUGUAUGAUUCGUCCAUGCAAUGCUGAACUGGAGAAAGGCAUCAAGAGAGGCAAGAAGUGUGUACGGACCCCAAAGAGCCAGAAAGGGAUGCGUUUUGAGUUGUCUGGAUGCCAGAGCGUAAGGGUGUAUAAGCCGAAGUUUUGCGGGGUGUGUACAGAUGGCCGCUGCUGCACGCCUCAGGCCACCAUCACAAGCGAAGUGGAGUUUCGCUGUCCUGAGGGAGACACUUUCAGAAAAAAGAUGAUGUUCAUAAAGACCUGCUCCUGUCAUCAUGACUGUCCCCGUGAGAACGAUAUCUUCCUCGCCUCAAACUCUCGGAGAAUGAUUGGCGACUAUGAUAAUGACAUGUGAGGAGGCUUUCAGUGUAACACACACUAUUUAGUAGAUGCUCACACACACACACACACACACACACAACUAUGUUCGGAAUAGCAUACCAUCAUAUUAUUACUUCUUUUGCAGUAUACAGUACAGUAUAACUUUUCCGUAUCCAUGAAAUACACAUAUGACCUACAUCUGCCAAAAUGGGCAACUUACUAGCAGAGUAUACUGCACUGUGUGCAAUGCAUUAUUAGGUUUCAAGAUAACUUGACAACACUUGUACAUGUAACAUGAUGAGGUAAUGUGACAACAAUGUACUACUGUUUACACCGUUAUUGUUGUUGCGUAAUAUUUACUACUCUUUUUAUAAAUAUUUUUUUAAACAAUAGUAGAGAGUAUACAGUACAUACAUACUGCAUAGUAUUCUGAAGUAGUAAGAUUGUUUUCUAUUCCAAACAUAGUGACUGACAAUCAUGCACCUGAGGCAGCUUCCUGUUUUUACUGGACCCUAAAAUUCUUACUUCCUGUGAGCAUAAAAUAACUCGAAUGUUUGAUAUGAUGUGGACCUUGACUAUGGCUCCACAAACAUUUUCUUCUCUCUCUCUCUUUUUUGUGAUGCUCUGAAGUCAUCUUGCUGUUUGACUGGUCAUGCAUAUAGGCUACAGCAGACCUAAAGCACUGAAAACUAUGACAUUUUGGACAUGCCGUUCAAAUAUAUGAGGUUGUUUCAAGAACUUUUUUUGGGAACAAAUCGAAAUGACAGUAAUGUAAUCAUACAGUUUAUAUGUACAUUUUAUAUGCUUCAUUUGUAAAUUGUCAUUGGGUCAUGACUAUUUAGGAUUAUUAUGUUGUUGUUUUUUGCGAGGAGGAAUCAUGUUUGACAACUGACCUUAAUGACUCACUCUGAGUUCAAAGUUUAAUUGAACCCUAGCAUAAAAUGAGUCCCAAAGUUUUUUUGGGAAAUACAAAUUCCACUACAAAUGAGGCUCAUAUAAUGAGAUACAGUCAAUUAUAUUACUGUUUAUUUAAUAAAUAAAUAAAUGAAUGGAAGAGAAUUUCACAAUGACGAAUACACCUUGUGUAAAUACUGUAAGAAGACUGUGUACAGCUUGUACUAAUUUAUGUAACUGUUGUUUAACUCUUAAAUGUAGUUUUGUAUUUGUACUGUAAUACUCUGUGUUCAUUGUACUCACAUGGCAAUGAUACCGGUGAGUUCUUUUCUGAUGCACUUUUAUUUGUUUUUCCAAUAAAGAAAUUCUAUUUUUUACAUA